UGUCCUCCCCGCAACCGUCUAGCGCAGAAGACAUUUCCUUCCGCCACCGACCUCCUUCUUCACCCCGGAGCCGAACACAAACCAACCGCUCAGCAUGAGCUUUACAGUGGAACAGAGAGGAGCGCUGAACUCCCUCAGCUACCGUUUAUUCUUCAAAAAUGAAGAAGGAAAGUACAUCUCACCAUUCCAUGACAUUCCCAUGUAUGCAGAUGAAAGUCAGAACAUCUUUCACAUGGUUGUUGAAGUACCUAGAUGGACAAAUGCAAAGAUGGAGAUUGCUACAAAAGACCUGUUAAACCCAAUAAAGCAGGAUGUGAAGAAGGGCAAGUUGCGGUACGUUGCCAAUAUUUACCCUCAUAAAGGCUACAUAUGGAACUAUGGAGCCAUUCCCCAGACAUGGGAGGAUCCGGCACACAAAGACGGAGACACUGAAUGCUGUGGUGACAACGACCCCAUCGAUGUCUGUGAAAUAGGCAGUAAGGUGUGUUCCCGUGGGGAGGUAAUCAAGGUGAAGGUUCUCGGGAUUUUGGCCAUGAUUGAUGAGGGUGAGACUGAUUGGAAAGUGAUUGCAAUCAAUGUAGAGGACCCUGAAGCCAACGACUUGAACAACAUCAGUGAUGUUGAGCGCCUGAAACCAGGGUAUCUGGAGGCCACAAUCGACUGGUUCAGAAGAUACAAAGUGCCUGAUGGGAAACCAGAAAACAAGUUUGCAUUCAAUGAUGAGUUCAAAGACAAGGACUUUGCAAUUGAAGUCAUCAAAAGUACUCACAACUUCUGGAAAGCUCUCAUUUGCCAGCAGACCAGUGCUGGUGAACUCAACUGCAAAAACACGUGUUUCUCUGCGAGCGGCAGCUCUUACUGCUGCUCAGCAGACGAGGCUAAAGCUGCUGUUGAAGCAUGUCCAUGUGGGAAAGAGGAGUCUAUCCCUACAUCAGUAGAUAAAUGGUUCUGGAAGUAAUCAGGAGCUGUUUGGAUCGGAGCAGAACGAAAGGCUUGUUUCUCACGGGAAUACGUGAUUACUGCCUUAUAGGACGAACCAAAAGGAGGACAGGAUGGUUUCCUGGGUCGGCUGUGUUUCCUUUAGAUGGGGAGAAGGUGGAGAUAGAUUUUGUAGAAAACAGAACAAUUCAGAACGUACUCAUGUCUUGACCAAUUAAUCUUCACUUAUUUAACAAGGAUCUCUCUGGAGAUGUGCACUCAAAGUACAGACUGUGCCUUGUAGAUACUAAUGUGCUAUAAUAAAGCGUCUCUGCUUAAAUUA